CCAAACAAAUCAAACAGAAGGGCUUCGCUUCUCUUAUGGGUAUUACUUCUCUGAGAUGUCCUUUUCCCUCACUCUAGAGCAGCUUCUCGCCUGCGGGGAUUUUCCUUUCCAGCGAAGGGGAGAAGAGGAUCAACUCGACGAGCCAAGGAAGAGAAUGACCAUGAGCGAGAGCAGCUGCGGUGACGACCAUGAGGCUAGAACCCAUGGCCCUAAUCCCAAGAAGCGUGCUGAGACCUGGGUCCAGGAAGAAACCCUUUGUCUCAUCGCCCUACGCCGCGAGAUGGAUCGUCUCUUUAACACUUCGAAGUCCAACAAACACUUAUGGGAGCAGAUCUCUGCGAAGAUGAGGGAGAAAGGCUUCGAGCGGUCCCCAACCAUGUGUACUGAUAAGUGGAGGAACUUACUGAAGGAGUACAAGAAGGCGAAGCACCAUAGUAGAGUCAGUGGAGGAACAGGAGGGGGCGGUGGCGGGGGGUUAGCGAAAACGGCAUGUUUUAAGGAGCUUGAGGAGUUGCUUAAGGAGCGUGGUCAUAAGAAUUUAGCUUGCAAGGGUUGCGUUUCGUUGAAGAGGGUUGACUCCUUCUUGCAGUUCGCUGAAAAAGGUCUUGAAGAUGUCAAUCUUCUCUUUGGACCCACAGAAGCUACUGGUAGGUCGGUUCUCCAUCAAGAUAGGCAUUUGGAUCAUGAGAGAGAUUCUCUUGCCAUUACAGCAGUAGAUACUGUUACACCUAAUGGUAUUCCUCCAUGGAACUGGAAAGAUAACUCCGCAAAUGGUGAGGAUAAUCAUUCAUCGUAUGUUGGAAGAGUUAUUUUAGUUAAAUUUGGGGAAUACAGCCGAAAGAUAGGCAUUGAUGGCACUAGUGAGUCAAUAAAGGAGGCUAUUAAGGCUGCUUUUGGAUUGAGGACAAGGAGGGCAUUCUGGCUGGAAGAUGAAGAUGAGGUAGUUCGUAGCCUUGACAGAGACAUGCCCCUGGGUACAUAUACUGUUCAUCUUGAUGAAGAAGCCAACUCCCCGCUUUCUGCAACAAGCAAGAUCUGCAGGAACUCAUUCCAGUUGUAAGAACUUCCAGCAAUCGCCAGAAUCCCUGCAGCAGGCCUGCGAGAUCCUCCCCGGCUCUUCCCUUUAGUUAGAAAUUUCUGCUGCAGGCCCUCGUUGUUCACUUUGUUGCCACCGGACCUCUCUCUUGCCACAGCAGUAGCAGCAGCCACCAGAUCUCUCAGGA